UCUGGUUUAGCCGCUCUCGCGAGCACUCCGAAAUCUCGCGAGACUCGACGCCCGACUUGUGCGCCCGGGAAACCCCGUCGUUCCCUUUCCCCUGGCUGGCAGCGCGGAGGCCGCACGAUGCCUGGAGUUACUGUAAAAGACGUUAACCAGCAGGAGUUCGUCAGAGCUCUGGCAGCAUUCCUCAAAAAGUCCGGGAAGCUGAAAGUCCCCGAAUGGGUGGACACAGUGAAGUUGGCCAAACAUAAAGAGCUUGCCCCAUACGAUGAGAACUGGUUCUACACACGAGCUGCUUCCACAGCGCGGCACCUGUACCUCCGUGGUGGUGCCGGGGUUGGUUCCAUGACCAAGAUCUAUGGAGGACGGCAGAGAAAUGGUGUCAGGCCCAGCCAUUUCAGCAGAGGCUCUAAGAGUGUGGCUCGCCGGGUCCUCCAGGCCCUGGAGGGACUGAAAAUGGUGGAGAAGGACCAAGAUGGGGGCCGCAAGCUAACACCUCAGGGACAGAGAGAUCUGGACAGGAUCGCUGGACAGGUGGCAGCUGCCAACAAGAAGCAUUAGAACAAAGGAUGCUGGGUUAAUAAAUUGCCUCAUUCUUAA